ACGGACCUAAGGUGGGGGUUGGAGGUGAAAGGGGCGUAGGUCUGGUGUCCCGGAAGUCCUUCCCGGGUUCCCGGAGCCUCCACGAGCCCCAAUCUCCAUGGUAACAGCAAACUGAAAACACUAGGACUACGGAGCUGCGAGAAAAGCAGAUUGCUUCUCCUAUGCUCACUUGGUAUGUAGAAUUCACAUUCAUUGUAGUAGGCCUACACAAAACAGAAGAGGCCAGUUUUCUAAAUAUAUAUAUUUGGUGAAGCAAAAGUCAUUCUGUUGCAAUACAAGAUAAUAUAAUCAUCUCCAGGUUACUUACUAUGUCUUUGGCCAAUGCAACAAAAACAAAAAUAGAUGACCCUUACCUUCAUGCAGUAUUGGAAGAUGGUGGUAAGCCUGCAGGAUGUAAUGGAAACCUAGGCACUGGUGAUUUUUCCAGGGUCAGUAACAAUAGCACUGGAAGCAUUGAUUAUAGCAAAACUCAAGGUUCAAGCAGAAACUUUAGUUCUCAAUGUGAUUAUUCAGAAGAUUUUAUCUCUGAAAAUUCUGGAACAGCUGGUAAUGGCAGUUGUUUAGAAUUGUUUGAGGCAAAAAUAGUAAAGAAGGAAGAGAAGAAAAAGAAAAAUGUCUCUAAAGUCUCCCAACUUAAAGGAUUCAAGGAAAUUUCACCUGAAAAACUUCAGAACUGGAAUGCAGCUUUAACUUCUCAAAUUAAUAUAAUUACCCAAAGAAGAGAUGCUAUGGCUCAUCGAAUAAUGUCAGCAAGGCUUCAUAAGAUUAAAGAACUGAAAAAUGAAUUAGCUGAUAUCCAUCGUAAACUAGAAGCAACCGUCUUAGAAAACCAACUGCUGAAACGACUUCAGUUCAGACAUUUGAAAGCAAUAGGAAAAUACGAAAAUUCACAAAAUAAUUUACCCCAGCUUAUGGCCAAACAUCAGAGUGAAGUAAAAAAUCUAAGGCAACUUCUUAGGAAAUCUCAGGAGAAAGAAAGAAAUGUGUCCAGGAAACUUAGAGAAACUGACAGUGAGUUGUUAAAAACCAAAGAUUCCUUGCUAACACUGCAGAAACUUUCUGAAGACAAAAAUCUUGCAGAGAGAGAAGAACUAACUCAAAAAUUGUCUUCCCUAACCACAAAAAUGGAGGCCAAUGACAAAAGAAUACAGAGCUUAGAAAGACAACUGAGAUUGAAUAGUAAUGCCUUUAGUCGUCAAUUAGCUGCUGAAAACAGAAAGACUAUAACAGCUAGAACUACUACAAAGAACCUUCAGAUGGAAAUAAAACGUCUUCAACAAAAACUUAAGGAAAAAGAUCGAGAACUUGAUAUAAAAAAUAUAUAUACGAACCGGUUCCUUAAAAAUUUAUAUGACAAAGAUGACCAAACAAAAGUUUAUUUAGCAACGAAAUCUACACAAGCAGACAAGAAAACCCAUCUAUUUCCACAUAUAGUUACUGUGCAUCAGUUGAAGCAAAAUACAGAAGACAUAUCUCUGACAGCUAAGGAUGAAAAAACUACAGUAAUUGAUGUUGAAAAAGAAAAACCAAUUUUUAUCAAUAGUGAAGUAAUCUAUGAUAUCAAUAAAUUACCAAACCAAGAAGAUUCUGAAAAAAUAUAUAAAGAAGGUGAAAUAUGCAUCUGGAAGAUGGAAGCAAUUGGCACAACUCAGAAAAUUCCGGAUAUACAAGAUUUACUAAAGGAAGACAUACGCAGGGAAUUACGAACACCUCUGGAGAGUAAUGGAAAGCAAAGAGAGAAAAAAGAAGACUUAGAAAAGAAGCUUAAUUUAUUGAAAGAACAAGAGACAUUAGCAAAAAUAGAACAUAUAGUUACUCCUUUAAUAGAAAUGAAUCCACAUAAUGCUGGAAAAGAAAGGUUUAAAAUUAGUGCACCGAUGCAUGACACUGAUGAACUGCAUAAUAAAUAUGUCAUUCAAAACAGCAGAAUCCCACUUAGGCAAAGAAAACAUUACUCUUUUACCGAAGCCAUUGAAAACUUGCAUCAAGGACUUCCUACUUCAGGUCCAUGUAAUGUAGGUACCAUCCGCAACAGUCAAGUUGUAAGUAAGCAACAAGGUAAUACAACUGACCUGAAGACAGAAAAUUCACCCAGUGGAUAUGAGCCAUCAUUUGGUAAAUCUUCCAAAACAAAGGCAAAAGAUUUAUCAGGUGAAAAAAAUGGAAACUAUAUUAAUACAACUUUGAGGGAUAGGAAAAAUAAUCUGAUGGAAGAACUCUUUGGCUCAGGCUGUGUUCUAAAAGACAGUCCCUCAAAUGCUGAUCUUAAACCAUCUAAUAAAGAAAAAGAGAGUUUGGGAAAUGAUCGGAUGCAUGAUCCUCAUAAUUGUCAAUCUACAGCCAUUAAUGCUUUUGGAGAUUCUAAGUAUGCCACCAUAAUUUAUAGCAGCUUAUGUCAGAACAGCCGAAGGAAGAAUUCCUCUGUAACAGAAACAGAUGAGGGCAGCUUGAAAAGGAGCAACAAAACCAGGAAAUGAUUCUGCUGCUAAAAGUUGCCUUUGACAAAGAAAAUGUACAGCGAUUGCCAAGUAAUGGCCUUACAAACUUCUUUUUCAGAGAUUUCCCUCAUCUGGCUUAAAUGGACAUCAUAUUUUAUGAAUUUGAAAACACAAAUGAGCAAUAUUCAGCAUUUUUAUUAGUGUCCCUAUGCUUUUACCACACAUUUGUAACCUUCCAUCUGGUCUACUUUCAGUUAUCUUUAUUAUAAAAAGAUUAAAAAUAA